AUGUAUAAAAUAACACCUCCUUCUCAACAAACCUACAAAGGUCCCAAAUUACAGUAAAGUCGGAUAAGUCAAUUGUAAAAUAACGAAACUGUUACUGAAGAUGUCUUGCAGAGCUCAACUGAACAAUAUAGAGAAUAAUUGGAAGAGAUGCUUGAUCUGAAACCAAGCAUAAGGGAUUUUAAGUCAAACAACAAAAACAACCAACCUGAUUUGUGGAAAACUGUAUAAUAAAUCGAAAAGAGAAUGCAAGAACAAGAAUAGAACUUGCAAAGAGUCAACAGCGAAUAAUCAGAAGAAAUUAAUAAAUUAAAAAGUGAAAUAAAAUAACAGAAGUAGUUGUACGAGUAAGAAAUUGAAGAAAUUAAAUAUUCAUCAAGAAUUCAAAGCUAAAAACCUCAACCUUCUUAUAAUUCAUACACUCCCAAAAAUACACGCGAAUACAGUUAUAGAAGUAUAAGCAAUAAUAAUCUCGAAGAUGUGCAAGAAAAGCAUUAUUUACAAUAAUUGGUGUAAGACUUAAAAUAACAGAUCUUAGUCUUACAAUAAAAGAAUUACUACUCUCCUAUUCAAAAUACAGAUAAUAUUUGGGAAUAGAAAUUUAGAUAAUUAGAAAAAUAAAAAGAAACUGAAUUGUAAAUGAAGGAUUAGCAUCACAUAGAGCGUAUUCGUAAUUUAGAAACCUAAUUAUUAAAUCAAAAAUAAUCCUAUGAAAAUGAGUUAUUUGCAAUCAGAAAGAUCUUGGAUGAAAAAAGCAAAGAAGAUUCUCUGAUCAGACAUUAAAAUUAGAAAUUGCAAAAAGACUUAAACUCUUACAUCAAUCAAGUACAGUAUUUCAAUAACUUAGUUUAAUUUGCUAUCAUAAUAGAUUUAAUAAUAAAAUCAGUAAAUUUAUAAUUAUCCAAUCAAUUAAAUCAAUAAUAGCCUAUUAAUUAAAACCAGUAAUUGAUGGAAUUUGCUAAUUAACUACAAUCGUUAACACAUCUAUUAGAUAAAAAGAACCAGGAAUGCGAAUAUUAUAAAUAGAGAUCAGCAUAGAAUUAGUAGCCUCUAUAGUAGAAUCCGUAAAUAGUAUCUUAUCGUUAAGCUCUAACUCCAACAAGAUAAAAUACUCUAUAACAAAGUUCUGAUUCAAUUGUCUUUCCUACUUUAACUAAACAAUAAAUCUUAUAGCAAUUUUAAUGA